AUGCCCAAUACGCAUACUCAACAUGUGCAAAUAUCAGAGCCAAAUCCUGUAAAUACUUUGUCUACACCAUCCAAAAGAGGUCACCGCCAUCGCAGAUCGCUAGCAAUAUCAGGAGAUUUUGAUUUUUUGAAACAGCCUGCAGCAAUUGUGAAUUUACCACCUCCACAGGCGGCUGAAAAUUGUCCUUCAACUGCCCCAACUGCUGUAUCAAGUACAUUAUCGCCAAUACGCUACAAUAGAUUUCCUUGCAAAACCAAUGAAGACGCUGGAACGUUAGAUUUGCCUGAACCAAGAUUUUAUCCGUUAUCACCAAAGAACAAUCUGCAAACACCAAGUCCACGAUUUUUCAUUAGUGAAGAGCCAAGUUUUUCAUCGCCAGUUAAAGGCGUCCCAGAUGCCAUUAUUAACCUUGACGAUGCGUUGAAGACAAGGCCUAGGUCAUUUAAAUCACAUAGAAGAUCUGAAUCCGCUCCUCCUGAUUUGGAGGUUAUGGUAGAUAAGGGCAAUUGUGCAGCCGGUUCUAACUCUAUGAUUAAAGAAGAAGAGGACUCCUUAAUUGAACCAGAAUCGAAAAAUGAAUAUUAUGAGCAAAAGCUUCCAACAGCACUAUUAUCCCCACUGCGGCCUUCCCUUUGUGUAUCUGAACAGGCCAUUGAUGUAGAUGAUUCAGCUCUCAAUGGGUCACCGACCCAUCACAACCAUGGGAUGCAAAACGCCAAUGCACGGAAUUCCAACACAUUCAAUUCGUUGAAGAUCAAAGGCCAAAAGCAAAGAUAUUAUCAUUAUACGAAGCAGCUACCUUUGACCGUAGGCUGUGACUCGCAAUCUCCAAAAGAACAAAGGUCGGCUGCUUCAAUGACAAUCAAUCAGGCAAUGACACCUUCUUCCCUGGCCUAUACCCCUUCUAAACUAGCAUCUACUCCCGCAACACCAGUAUCCUUUUAUGACAGCAAUGCGGACAUUAACUUAGAAAGUGAUAAUUUUCCACUAAAAGAUAACCCUAGAUAUGCCAAGGAUGGUUAUCCUAAAAAGUGCGGCAAUUCACAGCUUAAUCGUGUGCUGGAUAGCGAUAAAAGACAGGAUUUUAGUGGAGAAUCGAGAAGAAGAAGAUCGGGCAGUCCUAUCUCCCACAUGCAACACCGCAACCUGAUUGAUAAUAUGAAAGGUAGACGAAACAGUAACACGAUAAACUCAAUCUUCAACUACAAGAGUCAACAUUAUGAAAUGCCAUAUGAUGAUAUGAUGAAAAAUGAAAACAUUAAUGCACAGUCCAUGCCCUUUUCAGUCAACGGUGUCAACAAUGAAAAUAGUAUCGGAGGGGUUAUUACGAGAGCGGACGAUGCACCCCUUCAACACUCUGUGGUCAAAUCCUGUACGCCUGAUGGCAAGGAAGAAAUGAAUAGGCUUAAAAGUAAUGACAGUAAUGAAUAUUCCAAGUCUGAAGGGCAGAUCAGAACCAAUUCGCAACUAAGUAAGGACAUUCUCAUGGGUGAACCAGGUGAUAUGGUUGAUCUGUCCUCUUUUGUCAACGCGCAGAGAAAAGCCUCAAAUGAAACUGGUGACUUAGUCUUUAGUUUAUCCCAGGAUGAUGACGCACUGAAAACGUUCCAUGCGAGCAACAGCGCAGCAACAAGCAAUGAAAGCUGGUGUAUUAGCGAUGAUGCGUUAGGAAAGCAGGCGCAGGACAGUGAAGUUAGGAGGAAAAGAAAAUCCAAAUUAGGACUCUUUAGACAUAUUUUUUCAAGGAAGUAA